GUUGUUUGACAAGACGAUCCAUACGGACCAUGUUAACGUUCCGGUCUGCUGGAUACUCGGGCCUUGAUUACUGACUUAAGCGUUUCUACGACUUACUGUGCGCCUUUAUCAUACGAUUGAGUUCUCGACAGGACUAUACAACGUCUAGCAAAAACGGACUCGACAUAGCAGCUUGAUCCGAGUUUCAACUUCUUAGCGGGCUAUCUUACAGCCAAACCCCCCAACUCGAGAGUACAUUCAUUUACACCACCUCCUUGAGUUCAACGAUACAUACCUAGGCGCUUUUAAAGAUGGGCGAAUUAUCAGAAGGAGUACUCCACGCCAUCAGCGUCAUCGAGCGAGUUGGCUCGGUGUUUUCAUUGCUAGGAUGUGUCUUCGUUAUUGGCACAUUCACUUUCUCAAAAGCUUUCCACAAGCCUAUCAACCGUCUUGUCUUCUAUGCCUCCUUCGGUAACAUGAUGACCAAUGUGGGGACUUUGAUGUCGAGGAAUUAUCUUACGCAGAUCGAUUCAUUCGCAUGUCAAUUUCAAGGAUUCCUUAUUCAGAUGUUUCUGCCAGCUGAUGCAUUCUGGACGCUAGCCAUGGCGUGCAACGUCUACCUAACAUUUUACCACAAGUUCGACGCCGCGAGGCUAAGGAGGAUGGAUAUUUACUAUAUCAUACUGUGUUAUGGUGUCCCUUUCAUCCCCGCACUUACAUACGUCUUCGUAAAGACAGAGGGAGCCGGCCGCAUGUACGGCAACGCCACACUAUGGUGUUGGGUCAGUUCGGGAUGGGACAUAUUCCGAAUUGCUACUUUUUACGGACCAGUAUGGGUGGUGAUCUUACUUACUAUGGCCAUCUAUAUCCGUGCCGGUGGAGAGAUUUAUAAGAAGCGAAAACAACUCCGCAACUUUGGUGCCAGUAGCAGCGCGCAUGAUCCAGACGCGUUGACUUCGUACGACCCUUAUUCGACGAAGACGACUGAAGUUACAGUUACGACCGAGUCUGCCGAGGAAAACGGAGACGGAAUCGAUCUUGCACCAUUAGGGCGAGCGGCUCCGAACAAACCCAAGGCGGCAUACUCAGUGACGAUCUCCUCCGACGUAAAAGACAAAUCGCAGCAAGGCGAUAUCAAACUUCCCAUCCAGAGCAACGUGCCACCGACGCCAUCAACAGCGAAGGCGCAAGUGAAAACCCAAAAGCGGAAAGCGGCCUUCGAUUUCAACCAUGCGGCAUGGUCGUAUAGCAAAUGCGCCCUACUCUUCUUCACGGCACUUCUUAUCACCUGGAUCCCAUCUUCAGCCAACCGUGUGUACAGUAUCGUCAACACAAACCAAACACUAGCAUCCCUAGAGAUUAUGAGCGCACUUGUCUUGCCGCUCCAAGGUUUCUGGAAUAUGUUGAUAUAUGUCGCGACAAGUUGGGAAGCAGUGAAGAUCACAUUCUCGGAUCUCGGAUCAGGUCAUCGUCCAGACCAAAGUCGUUUCGGUGACGACAAGCGCAGCUAUGGGUUCAAAUUACCAAGCCGAAGUGGCCUGGAGAGCGACAGUAUAACGGAACUUACCAAUAGCGACAGGACGUCCGACUCUCACAAUGGGGUUAAGGCGUAGAAGACAUGAACGGCUUGGGAAAAAUUAAACUUGGAACUACGAAUUAUAAAGCCUAAAAUCUCUAAUCUUCUACUUCUUGCGCAUGCUUUGAAAGGGUAAAAAAAUCCUUUCAUCUGUAUCAACAAAAUUACUUGCCAUAUACCCAAAAAAUU